CAAGACGCUGCGCAUAAAAACAGCUAGUGCUGGCUAAGAAACGAGCACCGCAACGGCAACAACGGCGAACUUGGAGUGGUCACAGUCACACUCUCUGUCAAGUGACAAAGCCUUGCAAUAAGACAACCAGAGUAGUUAUCUGUUUCGGAGUUUGGCACUACCGCGGGGUACCCAAUGUCAGUGAUCUUCCAAAAAGUUGGCAGCGCCAGUAGCGUCUUAUCCCAUCAGCGGCCUAGCAACCGUGGGCCCGAAUGGGAAGAGUCACUGGGAAGAGUCCAGGAGGAAGAAGUAGAGGAAAGAGGAGGUAGCCCGGAGAGUGUUGGUUCAAAGGCUGAGAGUUUGACCCAAGAGCAUGAGCAGCAGGGAGCAGCUACAGAGUCUGAUGAUUUUGAGGAUGAAUUCGAUCAAGGCAACAAGUCUUCAGAAAUGAUGACAGAAGCACAUUCUCGUCUCUACAAUUUCAAGCACGGAAUGCCCCACAUCUACUAUAUUUCAACUCACUUGGUGCUGCCCCUGAUGACUCUCAUUGGAAUGGCCUUUUUAUUUGGUGGAAUAUUGGCCAAAAUUGAAAUGAAGGGAGAAAUCGAAAGCAACGAUGCACUAUCACGAAAUGUCUUUCUCAAGUACAUGAAGCACAUUGCAGAUCGACAAUCCAUCUACAGUUCCAUGGCCAACACAUCUGUGCAAUGCCUAGUCAAUGCAAUAGGUGAUGAGGCCAUGGAAAAGGCAUUCCCAGACAACCUGAUUCAGACUACAGAGAAUAUCCAAGAAUGUGCCUUUAAGAGUGCCAAGCAUCGGUUCCCCAUUACUGAGCCUCUGGCCUUUUUGGUAGCCUCAGAAGCUGCACUCACAUUCAACUGGAUGAAUUGCUGGGGAGAAAACACCAUUGGAGAUGAAAAUGCCACCCGGAUCUGGCUACAGAACGUUGGUUUGAACGAACAAGACAAUUGCGACCAACAACUGGGCAGGUAUCUUCACCGAUUUGGAAACGAUUUUGAACGCCGAAAGAACCAAACGGGCAUUCCAUCAGAGAGAAUAUUUCUCUUUAAGGAUUUGAUGCUUGACCUAGUUCAUCAAUCCUCAGGCUCCAGAGGUUGUGAGGUUCACAUUGCAGGUGGUGCCUUGUUUUGGUUCACAAUUUUUACCACCAUUGGGUAUGGGAAUACAGCUCCAGAGUCUGACGAAGGGAGAUUUCUGGUCUGCACGGCUGGGUUUCUGACAAUUGUACUCUUCCUGGCACUCAACAACACAGCAGCACAAGUUUGGAAGAACCUGUUCGAGCACUACUUCCACAAGCUGAAUCUAUCAUUUCUGAUAAGAGGCCCACUGAGUGUUCUAUUCUGGCUCACAAUGACAUUUCUGUGGAUGCUGGUUUUGGCGAGUGUGGUAAUGGCCUACCAGAUGGGCCGCUAUGGUGAUGCACGGCCUCUCAAGGACUUGUACUGGUUUAGUUUUGUCACAGUCACAACUGUUGGUUUUGGGGAUAUACAUGUGAGGCAUGAAGAGUUUACAGGAUGUGACAUGUUUCAUUUGCCCUUGCUGGUGCUGGUGGGCUUUAACUUUCUGGGUAUCUUUGCCGAAAAGAGCAUUGAUCUGUACAAUGACUACUUUCCAGAGCAGCAUGGGUAUGCCGAUAUCCUGGAAGAAAGGAGGUCUGGGAAAGGACCGAAUCCAAUGCCCCUCUCUGCACAGUUGAUGGGAGUAACAGCAGUUGCAGAAUGUUAGGAAUUGGCUCCUGGGAGGGAGUGGGCGACAAAGAUACGUGUGAAAGGUUGGAAGCCAGCCACUAAUUAGUUGUGCAUUAAUUAGAAUGAUUGAAUCAUUCAAUCAAUCGAGAAGGAAUGAUGACGAACCAAGUCACCACCUUUCUAACUUUCUAGAGCUAGCCACCGCACCGGUAGCUCUACACACGACGCCAAGGGCAUGAUGUAUACCGGUAGCUAGAGCUAUAGAAACUAGAUAGC